AUGGGCCAACCAUCCUUUGAGGCAUCUAAUGCCAUCAUCUACGUCACUUAUGGCGCGUUCCUAAUCCUGGGAACAGCGCUCGCUUGGAGAAUGAGGAAUCAGCCCAAGGCCGACUUCCUUGCUGGAAACAGAACACAGUCGGCUUUCCCGCUGGCCCUGAACUUCAUCGCCGCUGGUGAGUUUCCGACGGCCAUUGUGCUUACCUGA